AUGGCAGAGUGCAAAUUGCCAAGAGUGAUGGUGAUACAAAUCUUAUCCAGAAUGCCUCCGAAAUCUCUAAUGCGAUUCAAGUGCAUUCAUAAGUCAUGGAAUUCUCUGAUCAAUAGUCGCCAUGUCGUAGCUAAGCAUCUCCAGUUUCACAACAACGUAUCCUCUUCCACUACCAUCCUUCUAAGGCGUCCUGUAAUCUGGAGAACCGAAACUAAGAAUGAGGAAAUCGUUUUUUCUUUGCUUACUCUUCGCAAUGAGAAUAAUGGUGAUGAGGAUAACCUAGAUUAUGACAUCGAGGACAUCCAGUUUCCGCCUUCAAUUGGUCUAAAAACUAGGGCACAAUUUAUUGAGAAUCCUGGUCCAACUUAUGAAUGUGCAGAUAUUGUGGGUCAUUGUGGUGGAAUAAUCUGUCUCUCUCUUUAUGCUGCAGGCGACCUUGUCUUAUACAAUCCCGCAAUUAGGGAAUUCAAGCUUAUACCCGAGCCAUGCCUCCCACGCCCCCGUCAGUUUUAUUUCCGUUGUGAUGCAUUUGGUUAUGAUCCCAAGUCUGAAGAUUAUAUACUUGUUAACGUUGCAAGUUAUGGUGAAAAUAGAUACGAUGAUGACCGUCUCGUUAUUGAACCUCUGAGAGCAGAGAUGUACACACUGGGUACUGAUUCUUGGGGAGAGAUCAAGAUUCACAAUUUGGAAACCGAAACUACUAUGUUUCGGCCUAAUCACUUCCAGGUGUAUUUCAAGGGAAACUGCUACGGGUUGGCAGAAGAAAUCAAGAAGGAAUUCAUCUCAUCGUUUGACAGUCUUGAGGAGUAUUACAUUAGGGAAGUAAUCGUUUGGUUUAACACGAGCGAUCGGGUUUUCCAUAGUGCAUUGACUCCUGAUUGUUUGUAUCGAUAUCCAGCGCAUGACUUCACUCUUACAGUGUGGAACAAUUUCGUUGCUCUUUUUGGCUAUAAUCGUUGUGGAAGUAAACCAUUUGAAAUUUGGGUGAUGGGUGACUCUGAUGGUUUCACUUGUUCAUGGAUAAAGCACCUAUCGGUUAACAUUACGGAAUCUCCUCAGCCAUUGGUACUUUGGGAGAGCAACCAGAGUCUUUUGGUGUCCCCGCGUAUACGAGUAGCCUUGUACAGCUUUGCAACCAAAACGUUCAAGUAUUUACCACUAUGUGCUGCUGAACAUUUCGAUGCUAUACCUCUUGUGAAUAGUAUAGUUCCACUCAAUAGGGACCUAGUUUGUGCUGACAUUUCUUGA